AUGUUGCUGAGCGGCUCCACAACCCAGCUGGAGCAGAAAGUCGAGGCUGUCAAGAGCGUGGCAGAGACAAAGGUGCAGCUGCUCCAGGGAGACAGCAGCCAGGCCAAAUCGGAGCUGGCCAGGUUGUCCAAGGAGUUGCACAGCGUCGCGUUGGCCAGGGACCAAUGGCAGCGGGAUUGCGAGAAAUGGAAGGCACAGGCAGACAUGUACCAGGAAAAGACUGGGAAGAGCCUUGAGGAGAUGCAGAACAUGGAAACACGGAGGAUGGCUUUGGAAGGCAUGUGCUCUGACCAGGAUGAGAUAAUGGAGAGGCUGAGGCGCGAAACAGCGAUUGCUGUAGAGCAGAAGAGGCUUGCAGAAGAGUUAGCCUCAAGGAGGGGCGAUGAGAAUGUCGAGCUCAAGAGGAAAGUUGAGAGCCUGGAGGCUCUGGUGGUGGAGAAAGAGACUCAGAUGAAGGAGGGUGAAGAGAUCCGCAAGCGACUGCACAACACCAUCAUGGAGCUGAAAGGCAACAUCAGGGUAUUUUGCAGAGUCCGACCGGUUGGAGACGGCGAGUGUGGAACAGCUCCAAAGACUGCCACGCCAUUGGUGGAGUACCCCUCACAAGGCGACCAGAAGGACAGGGCGAUCAAGGUGCUGGCGCCCAGUGGCUCGUCUGGAAUGUCAUCAGAGUUCCAGCCGUUCGAGUUCACGUUCGACAGAGUAUUUCCAGCCCAGAGCACACAGGAGGACGUGUUUGACGAGAUAUCCCAGCUUGUCCAGAGCGCCCUUGAUGGGUACAAGGUCUGCAUAUUUGCAUAUGGCCAAACAGGCAGCGGCAAGACGUACACGAUGUUGGGCAACAAUGAGAACAACGGUGUGAUCCCACGAGUGAUGCAGCAGGUCUUCCAGACCAGCAACGAGCUGCGAGAGCAGGGCUGGAACUUCCGCAUGCGGGCGAGCAUAUUAGAGGUCUACAACGAGGAAUACAAAGACCUGCUGGGGAAGCACUUGGCGGCCAACGAGAAGCAUAAAGUGCACCAUGAUGCCCACGGAAACACUACAGUGAGCGGCCUGACGACGGUGGACGUCAGCAAGCCCGAAAAUGCGGCAGAACUCCUGAGGAGGGCGAUGGAGAAACGGGCCGUCGGGGCAACCAAGAUGAACGACAACUCGUCAAGGAGCCACAUGGUUUUCACCCUGAAGCUGGAUGGCAGCAACGAGGGCACCCAACAGCAUGUGCAAGGUGUCCUCAAUCUCAUCGACCUCGCGGGCAGCGAGCGAGUCAAGGCUUCAGGCUCGCAGGGCGACAGGCUCAAGGAGGCCCAGAACAUCAACAAGAGCCUGAGCGCGUUGGGUGACGUGAUAAUGGCACUGGGGACCAAGAAUGAGCACGUGCCUUACAGGAACUCCAAGCUGACAUGGCUGCUGCAGAACUCGCUCAGCGGCGCCUCCAAGGUCCUAAUGUUUGUCAACAUCUCGCCUGCGCAGGAGUCAGCAAACGAGUCAUUGUGUUCUUUGCGAUUUGCCGCCAAAGUGAACGCUUGCGAAAUUGGGGUGGCCAGGAGGACGGUGAAGACAGACCCAAAAGACAGCCAGCCAACGCGGUCUCCACGGUCAAGAUGA